UGCGCUCCCGGAAGCGGCGCGGAGGGGAUGCGGUGGUGGCGGCGCGCGGGGCUAUUACAGAAUGACCUUGCACUGAGCCUUUGUGGAAGAAGCAAGAUUUAAACGUCGAUUCUUCAAUGUGCAUCCUUCUAUUCAAAUUUGACCCCCGACCAGUUUCAAAAAAUGCAUACAGGCUCAUUCUAGCAGCCAAUCGAGAUGAGUUUUACCACAGACCAUCCAAAUCGGCAGAUUUUUGGGACAGCAGCAAUGAGAUCCUCAGCGGUCUGGAUAUGGAGGAAGGAAAAGAAGGUGGGACGUGGCUGGGAAUCAGUAAGAAGGGGAAGAUGGCAGCCCUGACAAACUACAUGCAGCCAAAGAUUGAUAAAAAUGCAAAAGGAAGAGGUGCUCUUGUAACAAACUUCUUGACCGCAGAUGUGGACAGCUACUCUUACUUGAAGAAAGUUUCAGUAGAAGGACAUCUUUACAAUGGAUUUAAUUUAUUAGCAGCUGACUUGAAUACCACCAAAGGAGAUGUAAUUUGCUACUAUGGAAACAAAGGAGAGCCAGAGCCUGUUUUCCUAAAUCCUGGAAUAUAUGGAUUGAGUAAUUCUUUGUUGGAUACACCAUGGAAGAAACUUCAGUAUGGGAAGCAGCUUUUCACAGAAGUGGUCAAGAGGAGUCAAGACCUGACCAAAGAGGACUUGGUGCAGGAGCUUCUGACCGUGAUGAACAACCAGGAGCCUCAGUUGCCAGACCCUGCCAUUGAAGCCCAGGGGAAGGAUUACAUCCGCCCCAUCCUGAACAAGUACGCGGCCGUCUGCGUGCGCUGCCCCGGCUACGGCACAAGGACGAACACGGUGGUUCUGGUGGACUCAGAAGGAGGAGUCACCUUCACCGAGCGCAACAUGAUCGACGCCGACGUCGACCGGUGGAAAACCAGCACCUACGAGUUCAAACUGCACACGUAACCCCCCCGGGGGCUCACCCUGCACCCAGAGCCAGCCCCAUGGACUCUUUCUGCUGGGAUGGGGGCAAUAAAAGCCGUGAGAGCAGCAGCCAUGAACUCUGGUGAAGGCUUGUUCCAGCCUCCGCGAGCUCAGAGCAGCCAGGGAAGCUGAAGGGGGGGGCAGCAGACCCUCCCUGUACCCUGUGGGGCUCGCAGGUCCUUUGGAUAACACCACAAAAAACUGUUUUUAUGUCAAAGUAGCAAUUCAUCAUCAGAAAUAUUUUUUUAACUCUCACCCUGCCACGGGGGCAAGGCCAUCUCUGCCCAGGACAUAGCAUUGCUUUUUUGUGGGUGUGGUUGGUUUUGGGGUGGUAUUUUCUUAGUCAGAGAUGUUUCAAGUAGACUCUGAAGCAGGUUUUCAGCUCCGAGGAGGGGAAGCAUUUGCUGCUGUUGUUGCUCUGGCUGGAGGUUUUUGCUUUCCCUUCAGCACAAGCUGUUGAGGUGGUGGAGCUGGUGCUGGUGUGGGGUACAGGAGGGGAGGUUUUCUCUGCAAUUCAGAGCAAAUUCAGCUCAGCCUCUGCCCAGUUUUUACUGAAGAAUCACGGGAGCAGAUUUCUUAUCUUUCACCUGAAUAAAAUUGUUUGUCUUCUGAGCCCUUGUUCCCCGCCAGUCUCAUCAGCAACACGGGGGCUUUAUUGCCCUCCCCAGCAGGCAGGGAAGGGCCAGGGGGCUGUUUGCAAACAGAACCUGAAUGGGAAGUUCCCAUCCAGGGGCUGGUUUGUACGAGGGCGAUUUUGGCUUCAUUUCUUUGUGGGUGUGACGUGUUAAGGCCUGGAGUGGGAGAGAAAGCUCACGGAUUUUGAGUAAGAAUCUCUCUUUGUUGUCAGGUGCCGUUAUCGCAGCCCUCCAUCGCUGCAAGCGUCGGGUGGUGAGGUGCUCUUCAUGUGUUCUGACAUCUGUGAAUUAAAAAGCCAUUUAAAUGCA